AUGGGUUUACGACUAUGCGAACCGGUUAACACUGACUGUGGGACAUUUGUGCAAUCCAUCAAAACCAAUCUUGAAGCCCUGCAAGCCCGCAUUACCAAAGCAUGCAGCGUCGCUGACCGUGACCCGGAACAGAUCACCCUGAUUGCCGUGUCAAAAACCAAACCCAGCAGCCAGGUCCGUGAAGCGGCAGCACUUGGUUUAAAACAUUUUGGCGAAAACUAUCUGGACGAAGCUGUCACUAAAAUCUCUGAUUGUGCAGACCUCAAGCUGACCUGGCAUUUCAUCGGCCGCAUCCAGAGCAAUAAAACCCGCACCAUCGCCGAACAGUUUGACUGGGUACAUACCCUGGACCGCAGCAAAAUCGCCCGCCGCCUCAAUGAACAAUGCCCGGCAGGCAAACAGCUUAACGUGCUGCUGCAGAUCAAUAUUGACAAAGAUCCUGCCAAAGCCGGUGUCAACGCAGAUGAUGCUGACCAGUUGCUUACAGAGGUCAGCAAGUUACCCGCCUUACGACCUCGGGGACUGAUGACGAUUUUAUCUCAGCAGGCAGACCCUGUGGCCAGUUAUCAAUCCAUGGCACAAUUGUCAGCUCGAUUGGCAGAACAGCUCGGUGACAACCAGAAGCAACACUGGGGCACGUUAUCGAUGGGCAUGAGUGCCGACAUGGACGCUGCCAUUCUUGCAGACACACGUCUGGCUUUUAUCGGCGCGGGCAACAUGGCCAGCGCAAUGAUUCAGGGUCUAUUACGUACCGGUAUCAAGGCCGCGCAGAUCAGCGUUGCGGAUCCUGUUGCCGAUGCGCGCGAGCGCCUUGCAGAGAUGGGCGUGGCGACAUUCAGCGACAAUAAUCAGGCGGUCGCAGGCGCCCAGGCUGUGGUUCUGGCAGUGAAACCUCAGGUCGCACAAGAGGUGGUGCAGUCCAUAUCAGCGCUCCAGCCAGAGCAGCUACUGGUGUCAAUUGCGGCCGGAAUCAAUCUUGCCAGCCUAACUCGAUGGACCUCUGAGCAGCAGGCGAUUGUUCGCUGCAUGCCAAAUACACCGGCCCUGCUGGGUGCAGGUGUCAGCGGUCUGUACGCCAACAGUUGCUGCGAUGCCAGCCAACGCAGCCUGGCCGAAAACCUCUUACGCAGCGCUGGCACAACGCUGUGGGUCAAAAAGGAACCGGACCUGGACGCAGUGACGGCGGUGUCCGGUAGCGGGCCGGCCUACUUCUUUUUACUCAUGGAGGCCAUGAUAGACGCCGGCGUAGAUCUGGGCUUAGAUCGAACCAGCGCAACCGAGCUCACCUUGCAAACUGCCUAUGGCGCCGCAUUAAUGGCGCAACAAGGCAACACAAACCCAGCCCAGCUGCGAAAGAAUGUCACGUCUCCCGGCGGCACCACUGCCGCGGCGCUGGAUGUUAUGUUAACGGCUGGCAUGCCCGAUACAAUCAAGGCGGCGUUGCAGGCGGCACAACAGCGCGCAAUUGUUAUGGCGCAAGAAUUUGGUGACUUUGUCUUUCGUUUGGCUUGUCUGUUGUUUCUUACACGUUUUCUACUGCAGGCCUGCGGUGCUGAUUUUUAUAAUCCGAUCAGUCAGGCUGUGGUCAAAGGCACCGACACAGUCUGUGCACCAUUGCGCAAGAUCAUUAAACCUUUCAAAAACCUGGAUUUUGCUUCUUUCAUUGUUGCCUGGCUGGUCAGUGCCCUUGGUGUUGUCGCCUUCAGUUAUCUGGCUUUUGGCAAUGCACCCAGUGCGCUGACCGUGGUCUGGGCUGGCAUGAUCAAAACACUGCUGGUGCUGCUGCAGUUCUACAAAUGGACAAUCAUCAUUCUGGUGAUAGCCAGCUUUAUCGCGCAGGGUUCCUAUCACCCGGCGCUUGCCCUGCUGAAUCAACUUGUGGAACCGGUCAUGGCCCCGGUACGCCGCAUUCUACCCAGUCUCGGACCACUGGACCUGUCCCCUAUGGUGUUUGUCUAUGAACAGCCUUUUGCGCUGUGUUGCGGGCGCGAUCUGCCAGGAUUCGAGCUGGUGUAUGAAACCUAUGGCACGCUCAACCCGAAAAAAACCAAUGCAGUGCUCAUCUGUCACGCCCUGUCAGGUAAUCAUCAUGCCGCUGGCUAUUAUGACUCAGACCCUAAGCCAGGUUGGUGGGACAGCUGUAUCGGACCAGGCAAACCGAUCGAUACAGAAAAGUUUUUUGUUGUCAGUCUCAACAAUCUUGGUGGCUGUCAUGGCAGCACGGGGCCGUUAACCAUCAAUCCGUCUACACAACGACCUUACGGUCCGGACUUUCCAACCGUGGUGGUACGCGACUGGGUGAACAGUCAGGCGUUGCUGGCCGACCACCUGGGCGUGAGGAAAUUUGCAGCGGUGAUUGGUGGCAGUCUUGGCGGCAUGCAGGCGAUGCAGUGGUCUAUUGAUUUUCCGGAUCGCAUUGCAUCCGCGCUGGUAAUCGCUUCUGCCGCUAAGUUAUCCGCGCAGAAUAUUGCAUUCAACGAAAUCGCUCGACAGGCAAUUGCUGCAGACGCCAGCUAUUUCUCUGGACACUACAGCGAACAUAACAAAACCCCCUCUAAAGGACUGGGUCUUGCGCGCAUGAUUGGUCACGUCACGUAUCUGUCCGAUGACGGCAUGCGGGAGAAAUUUGGUCGUGAACUGAAAUCCGGAGACCCCAGCCAGGGUGGCGAUGUUGAAUUCCAGGUAGAGAGCUAUCUGCGUCAUCAAGGGCAGGCGUUCUCGCAACGCUUUGAUGCAAAUACCUAUAUGCUGAUGACCAAGGCGCUGGACUACUUUGACCCCGCCCGGGAACAAAACGAUGACCUUGUGGCGACACUUUCUAUAGCCAAAGCCAAAUUUCUGGUCAUCUCAUUUACCAGCGACUGGCGUUUUUCUGUUGCCCGCUCCAAAGAAAUUGUCGAUGCGCUGGUUGCGGCCCGCAAAAAUGUCGCCAGCGCCAUCAUCGAAUCCGACCACGGCCACGACUCGUUUCUGCUGCCCAUUCCGCGCGGACACAUGACUUUGCGGGCUGACCUGGCGGUCAUUGCUGACCUGGUAAACCCCAAGGCACGGGUGCUCGAUCUUGGCUGUGGCGAAGGUGAGCUUCUCGCCCAUCUGCAGUCUGACAAGGAAGUCAACGGCUAUGGUCUGGAUGUGGAUGCAGACAACAUCCGGGUUUGCCUGGAGAAAGGUGUCAACGUCAUUGAGCAGGACCUGGACGCAGGGCUAAGCAACUUCGCCGACUCAAGCUUUGACAUGGUGGUCAUGACUGAAACGCUGCAAUCUGUGAAAUCUCCUGAGCAGCUUCUACAGGAAAUGUUGCGUAUCGGUGACGAGUGCAUUGUCACGUUUCCCAACUUCGGGCAUUGGUAUUGUCGUGCGCAACUGCUGUUUCUGGGACGCAUGCCGGUCGCCAAACACAUUCCUCACAGCUGGUACAACACACCCAAUAUCCAUCUGUGUACUUUCAGAGACUUUGAAAAUCUCUGCAAAUCUCUGCACCUGCAGAUUAUUGAGCGACGGGUUAAAGUUGUAUUCAGCGACUAUGAAGUUCAUUACAUACUGCUGCCAACAACUUUUCUGAAAGCGGACAUCGCUGACAAAUAUGAUCUUCGGCGCAGCAAAGAUCGGGCCCUGGUCAAUGUCUCUGUACUCGAUCUGCAGGGUUCACCAGUACGGGCAGAAGUUCGCGGCUCCUCAGAAAACCUGCUGGGCCAACGUCAGAACCUGACCUUCGAUGAGGUCAUAGAAGGCGAAGCCAUCUAUUAUCUGGCACUCCUGCGUUACGCUGAUGAAGAAUUUCAACGGGUCACCUUAAACAUCGUGUUACCCAACGGCGAGCUGGCCGAAAUCAAGUUUCAACAGAAAAUGUACUGGGAACAUACACCACUUGAAAUUACCAACCUGUCGGCUGCAGCACCGGAUUUUGAGAUGCCAGAAGAAACCGGCACAACGUUCAUCGAAAACGCGUUGAUCAAAGCCCGCGCGGCGGCGCAGGCGACGGGUUUCGCUGCGCUGGCAGACGACAGUGGUCUGGUGGUGCCUGCGCUUGGCGGAGCGCCCGGUAUUUUUUCAGCACGUUACGCCGGCAGACACGGCGAUGACGCGGCAAACAAUCAGAAACUGAUCGAAGCACUGAGGGGCGAAGUGCAGCGCGAAGCCUAUUUUUAUUGCGCCAUCACGCUACUGCGACAUGACCAGGAUCCUACGCCAAUCAUCGCCACGGCCGCAUGGCACGGCAAGAUUCUUGACGCACCCAGAGGCGAGCAGGGAUUUGGUUACGACCCGCUCUUCUGGUUAGCCGAUCACAACAAGUCUUCAGCAGAGCUGCCUCGCCACUGCCGCCCUGCUGCGGGAGAUCCGGGCCGGGCUGUAACCAUGCUACCGCAUCCCGCCGCCUACAUUCACUUUCCCUGGUGCGUACGUAAAUGCCCGUACUGCGACUUCAAUUCUCACCCGCUACGCGAUCAGGAUGACUUCAGUGCCUAUACUCACGCGCUGAUUGACGACUGGCAGACACAACAGCGCAACUUCGACAGCGAAGCACCUUUCCACAGCGUAUUUCUCGGCGGUGGUACACCCAGCCUGUUUAAACCCAGCCAGAUGGCACCUAUCCUGGAACAGCUCUCGUUAACUGCAGAUGCUGAAGUCACUAUGGAAACCAAUCCGGGUACGACCGAACAUCAUCUGUUAGGUGAUUACCUGGCAGUGGGUGUCAACAGGCUGUCGAUUGGCGCGCAGUCUUUUGACAAUACCCAACUGCAGAAACUGGGCCGUAUCCACAACAGUAAAGAAACCUAUGGCGCCUAUGAACAGGCGCGUCAGGCAGGUUUUGCGAAUAUCAAUAUCGACCUGAUGUGGGGUCUGCCGGAACAGACCGUUGCAGCAGCCCUUGAGGAUCUUGAUGCUGCCAUUGCACUUCAGCCGGAGCACAUUUCCUGGUAUCAGCUGACCAUCGAGGCAAAAACAGAGUUUGCUGUCCGCACACCCAUACUACCCAGGGACAAUGUGCUUGCAGACAUUGAGGCAUCUGGUCUUAAGCGUUUACAAGCCGCCGGGUAUCAGCGUUACGAAGUGUCUGCGUUUGCGCGCAGCGGGUAUCAGUGCAGGCAUAACCUGAACUACUGGUCUUUUGGCGACUAUGUGGGCAUCGGCGCUGGCGCUCAUGGCAAGAUCAGUCAUGUCAGCAAAGACGGUCUAACCAUUGAGCGCACACAGAAGGCCAGUCAACCCAGGCUCUAUCAGGCGUCACCGGAUGAGACACGUGUUCAUCCGGUGACCCUUGCUGAACGGCCAGUGGAAUUCAUGAUGAACGUACUGCGCCUGGUUGAUGGUGUUGAAACCUCAACUUUCCCCCAGCGCACCGGUCUGGAUUGGACAGUUGUUGAAGACACCUGGCAGCAGCUGGUUUCCCAGGGCCUGGUAAGACACGAUCGGAUUGCCACAACACCUGCAGGGCUGAGGUAUCUGGAUAGCGUCCUGGCAGAAUUCUUAAGCCCGGACUGA